CGUAGGAGCACUCAAACUUGUACUAAGAUCCAUUAAGUUAUCUGUACUUAAAAGUGUGUGUUCCUUUGGGUAAUUGCAUGCAUCUCACAGCUCAGUUGAGUUCAGCCUCCCCUAUACGGAAAUGCGAACGUGUGGACUGUCUACAGUACUGUCACGCGUUAUUCCUGAGGCUGAUAUAUCCCGUCUCAGUCAGCCAGGCAAUCCGCGAUAUACUGGGGAAAGCUGUGUACUCCAAAUUUAAUUUGAACUUCGAUGAAAAACUUCUAUACAAAAAGGGCGGAAUCGGAUUGAUGAAUUCAUUGGAGAGUCUGAUGGGAAAACACAACAAUCCUGAAAAGAGUGCACAGAACUUGCUGUGUUCCGGAUCCAUCUACCGCGAUGCUUACACAUCAUUAAGAGUGCGCACAAUCUAG